AGCAAGAAGAGUGAGAAGAGAGAGUGGGAGACUGACAGGCGUCACCGAAACUAGAUGAACCGAAGAGUCGAUAUGAGCGGUCGGUUUGAGGAAGAUAUCCACGACCGGGGCGAGAGGAAGAGUAAAUCCCCGACGCUGCUCUCCUCUUACUGCAUAGACAGCAUUCUGGGCCGCCGGAGUCCCUGUAAGGUCAGACUGAUCGGGGCGCAAAGUUUGACGGGUCUGGCCGGCAGAGUGGAGCUCGACAAAACGGCUGACAGGCCGACGAAAGACCCCAUUUCUCUGAGCGCUGACAUGCACCUGCCAGCCAAGCUCCGCCGGCUGUACGGCGCUGGGGGGAAGUACCUGCACGACCACACGGAGACGCUGGAACGGGAGCGGCUCCUCAUGGAGCAAGCCAGCGACAGCCUCAAAAUCAGCCACGCGCCGCAGGUGAGCAUCAGCCGCAGCAAGUCCUACCGGGAGAACGCGUCACUGAGCCGGGGAGAGGGCGACCAGAGCCCCGGGGAGGGCUCGGAGGACGGCAGCCUGGGACUGGUGGAGCUCGGCCCGUUGAAGUUCGAGGAGGACGCAGGGAAGGAGGAGGAGAGCAGCGGGGACGCGGCCGCGCUGUCCCCGAAGGACGAGGAGAGGGAGAGCUUGAACACCGGGGAUGGGGACGUGAGGGACGGGGAGGACAGCGUGUGUCUGUCGGCGGGCAGUGACUCGGAGGAAGGGAUGCUGAAACGGAAGCAGAGAAGAUACAGGACUACCUUCACCAGUUAUCAGCUGGAGGAGCUGGAGCGGGCUUUCCAGAAGACACACUACCCCGACGUCUUCACCAGAGAAGAGCUCGCGAUGCGUCUCGAUCUUACCGAGGCCCGUGUCCAAGUUUGGUUUCAGAACCGCAGAGCCAAGUGGAGGAAGCGCGAAAAGGCCGGGGUGCAGGUCCACCCGUCAGGGAUGCCGUUCCCGGGUCCCCUAACAGCGGGCCACCCUCUCAGCCACUAUCUGGACGGGGGGCCCUUCCCGCCUCACCACCACCCGGCCCUCGAGUCCGCCUGGACAGCAGCUGCAGCUGCAGCCGCUGCCUUCCCGGGCCUCGCCCCUCAACACCACAACGGCUCUGCUCCACCACUUGCCACCCAACUCGGCCUGGGCACUUUCCUGGGUACGGCUGCCAUGUUCCGCCACCCUGCCUUCAUCGGACCCACUUUUGGCAGGCUCUUCUCCGGUAUGGGUCCCCUGUCCAGUGCUUCCACCGCUGCAGCUCUCCUCCGUCAGCCCGCCCCUCCUGUAGAGAACCUCUCCCACGCGGGCCCAGUCCUCCCUGACCCUUCCUCCUCUUCCUCCUCCCCCUCAUCCGCAGCCGCAGCCGACCGCAGGGCCUCAAGUAUCGCCGCGCUGCGCCUCAAGGCCAAGGAACACUCGGCUCAGCUUACCCAGCUUAACAUCCUGCCGACCGCAGGGAAGGAGGUGUGCUGAACACACAACACCAGCUCUAGGCCUCCCUGUCCCGGGCUUACAUCCCAUUCCAUGACACCCUCGUCCUCCUCGUCCCCCUCGUCCCCCUCCUAAAACCCUUUCAUACCUCUGGAGGCUGAUGUCCUGAUGACCCCUUGUUCAACAAUCCCUGUUACCUCACGUUUCCCCAACAAAAUAGCACGACCAAAUUCAAGAGCACUGGCUUAAAAAAGUGUUUGUGUGUGUGUGUGUGUGUGUGUGUCUGCUAUUGUUACACUCCAUACACACAACUUUGAAAAUUAAAUAUUUUCACUAAAAUAUUCUGAAAAGCUGACAUAAAAAAAAGAAAAGAUUUCUUAAUAUUUCUUCACAUUUUGACUCUAAAUGAAAUCCCAGUAUAACACAGUAUAUGGCUCUUUAAGACUGUUCCACGCGCGCAUACACAGCAACACACUAAAUACACAGCAACAUACUAAAUACACACAGCGCCAGUGGUGGAAUGUAUUUUUGAGGUACUUGUAUUAGUAUUUCCAUUUGAUGCUAAUUUUCACUUCACUACAUUUCAGAUUUGUAGUUUUACUUUACAUUGCAUUCUGGAUUUUACACACAAAACACAUGCCAUUAUAAAAUAUGAAGGAUAUAUAUUCAAAGUUUUUUAAAAAGUAAAAAAUUCAGCCGACCAAUUUCAAUGUGACAAAUGCAUUAAUUCAAAUAAUUCAGUAAAUACACUUUGUUAAUUCAGUGAGCAAUGUCCAGACAUUUCUUCUGCAUUGAACUUACACAGUAUAUUUCGCUUAUAAUUUUUCUGUAUUUUAAAUUGAGUAAAACUAAUUUGAUUUAACAGAGUAUUGAAAAAGCAUUACUCUACUUUUAAUUAAGUAUAGGAUCUGUCAUGACGCGCGCACACCCCCACACACACACAAACACAAACACACACACACACACGGAAACCUGAAGAACCACAGGGGAACCCAGACUUUCAGAAAGGAUUCUUGUGCUACUUGAAAUAUGGACAACUCGAGUGCUCGACACUGCUUAAUCUGUAUGCAUUGAUGUGGGCUGAGCCAGUCUGCGUCUAUAAUAAAGGCGAGUUGGAGGAGGUCCCCCCUGCCCCCCAGAACCAAAGGAAAACUGUCCAUAGACCUUCCAUAGCCUUCUCUACAAGCCUGACUCCUCUCAUGCUCUCCUGUCCACCAGUCACACUCAGCAGCCCACGAGACAUGUACAUGUUAGAAAUCUCUGAAUCAAACCAGAGUUAUUGAUUUCUGUAAAUGUGCUGCAAUUUAAGAUCCCCAUCCCCUCUUUGAUUAUCACAGCAGUGGUAGUUUCUGCUGAGUCUGACUCCGGGACACCCGAGCAAAGGUGAGAUCCGAGAUGUGUCUCUAAUGACCUAACUAUGUGGAAGAAAACUGUACAUAUUGUGUAAAAAGGGAAAAAAAGUACCACAAAAAAAGGAUGAUUUUCAAAACAAGGUUGUGUAAAUUUCAAAGAGCCCAUGUUUUCAUAAUUUGCACUCGGUGUAGUGUUUAAUGAAUGUCGCCCUGUGUAGAAUUUCACCUGUGUUUAUGAAUUAUUAGGAUUUUUAGAUUAUUAUUUAUGUCAACACUUUUCACAGAGGACUUGAGUGAAGGACAGUUUUUUUUUCUUCCUUAAAAAGUGAUUGUAAGUUUCCUGGUUCAAUAAUGGUAAUUUGAAUAAAUUACAUUGGUAAAAUGA